AUGGUUGAAGAUAGACUAGCCUCAGAAGGUGAUACGGAAAGUAAAUCAGGAAAAAAUGAUGAUCCAGGUUGGCAUAACAAAGGCGCAGAACCUACAGUGACGCAUGAUAUAACUGAAGUCUCAGAAAUAGACCUCGAUUGGGUGAUUAACAAUGAGGUGGGACAAUUUGGACGGUUCCAAAUUAUCCAUGUCCUACUAUUAAUGUUCCCCAUUAUGUCUACUGCGUUUUUGAGUGAAUACGUGUUUUCCGCUUCCGCUGUUCUGCAUAGUAGAUGUCGGAUCCCUGAAUGUGGAGAGAUUGGUGGAACAGGCUACGAAUUGUUUCCAGAGUGGAUCUUGAACGCUGUUCCCAGCAGCAACGGACAACCAGACACUUGUUCGCGCUACGCGUCGACUAGCAAUGGCUCGCUAGAGUACUGCCCGGCUAGCGCCUUUGACCAGGCUGUCACGCAGGAGUGCGAUGAAUUCGUGUACGAGAGGACCAAUUCAGUUGUGUAUGAGUUUGAUCUUGGCUGCCAAGAGUGGAUGCGGGCGCUGGCCGGUACAUUGAACAGCUUUGGCACCCUACUCGUACUUCCGAUCACAGGCUACAUAUCCGACAAAUAUGGGAGACGUGUGGCUCUCUGCAUCAGUGUCUUCAAUUUGGCGUUUUUUGGCCUCAUCAGAGCGUUCUCUGUUAACUAUCCCAUGUAUCUGGUGCUGCAGAUUUUGCAGACGACUUUCGGAGCCGGCACAUACAGCACUGCCUUUAUUUUAGGUAUUACCAUAAAAUUAUUUUUAGCUAAUGAACAAUUGGUUGGCUCAAAAUACCGAGUGCUGGCGAGCUCAGUGAACUUAGUCUCCUUCCCAGUGGGUCACAUCAUCAUGGCCGGAAUAGCCUGGCUCGUGCAAUCAUGGCGUUACUUCAUCAUGUCACUAUACAUCCCCUGCUUUCUAAUGAUGGCUUAUUAUUGGUGCAUCUCGGAAAGUGUUAGGUGGCUACUUACUAAAGAAAGGUUCAACGAAGCCAAAGAGGUUCUGGAGAAAGUUGCGAGAGUAAAUAAAACAAAGAUCAGUGAGAAAUCUAUGCAGGCGCUGAUGAAGCCUGCGCCAGCAAAAGAGACUCAGGUAAUAAAAAAAUCAUGUAUUAAUAAUAAGACAAAAAAUUCUGGUAGCAAAAACUUUGAGAAAACCAUUAAUAUUACGAACAACUCCAAAGGCCUAAUUUAUACUAUUUUCAAAUCCCCAAUAUUGCUUUGCCGUGUCUGUACUACACCAGUCUGGUGGAUCGCAACCACAUUCGUCUACUAUGGGUUAUCCAUCAACUCCACUGGGCUCUCGGGUAAUAUGUACGUGAACUACAUGCUGGUGGCUGCUGUAGAGAUCCCUGCUCUUUAUACCGCUAUGCUGUUGCUGGAUCGUGUUGGCAGGAAGGCUAUUCUUGCGACUGGGUUCUUACUCAGCGCUGCUUGCAAUAUUGCAUUCGCUUUCAUUGACAAUAAUGAACUAGUGACACUCGGUCUUAUUCUGUUUCUGUUUGGCAAAUUUGCAAUCUCGGUAGUGUUUACGUGUUUAUACAUUUACACAUCUGAGCUGUACCCAACACAGUUCCGUCACACACUAUUGGGAUUCUCUUCUAUGGUUGGACGUAUUGGCUCAAUCACCGCUCCGCUUACUCCUGCUUUGGCAGUAUACUGGGCCGGAAUCCCAUCGGUAAUGUUCGGCGCCAUGGGUCUAUUAGCCGGCUUGCUGGUGCUCACUCAGCCGGAGACCCUGGGCUGUCAGAUGCCGGACACCCUGGCUGAGGCAGAGGUUAUUGGCAGACAAAAGAAGAAGAUAAUUACGACUGCUCUCUAAAUCUAUGG